AUGUCUUCUUCCAUCGCGCGCACUCGCUCGCUCCGGAAGCCAGCCACAGUGCCAUCCGUAUCUGCAUCCACGUCCUCAUCCCCUUCUGCAGACUCCCAACCGAACUCAGAUGGACGCUAUGGCUCGCCCAGCCGUCUCCCAGUCAAACCUCCUCCCCGGAGCUCAACAAGUACAUCCACGACUUCACAAACGAGGCUUGCCACCGCAAUCCCAACAACAGCAGCAGCAACGGCAAAAACUACGACUGCGACAACGACGACGGCAAGACCUACCACUGUGCUGAGGCAGCCACGGUCGGUAUCUGGUUCACGCGUUCGCCCUGUCCCCGGAAAACAGCCGCCGGAGCCUACCAAGAAAGAAACCGCCACAUCUCCCACUACCACCACAGCCACCGGCCGAUACCCUCCUCUCACAUCCACGACUCGAGCUACCACAGCGACUACCCGUACUUUGGGCACCAGGCCAACAUCGACGGGCAGCCAGACCACCACACGGCGUAUACCGCCCGGCCAUACACGCGCCAAAAGCACCGUAACCACAGCUAAUACCAAUGGAGCCGGACUAAGUUCGCGGGCACCCUCGCAGCCAACCACCAAUGGCUCAACCACCCGCUCCCUCCAUGCACCCAAAAUCUCCAUAGACAAAGGGUCCAGCAUCAGCACUCCUACCAAGCAGCAGCAGCCGCCACAGCAGGCCGCCCCUCGUCUACGACCUGCCUUUUCCACGCUACAACAGCAUUACUCUCCAGCCAAAUCUGCCGCGCCAAAGCCCUUGACCUCAGCAAUCCUUGCUCCACCCUCACCGUCCAAGCUCCCAGCCAACGUCGCCGCAUCUGCCGAGACGAGCAAGCUUCAAACGGAGCUCCUGCAGUUGCACCUUCUGCACCGCGAUGCGGCCGCUGUCGAUGCCGACUGGCAGGCCAGCGCCAAGGUCAAACUGGGGCAGAGGUUCGAGCAGCUUGUAUUGACGAAUCGUGAGAUUGCUGAGCAGGACCGGGCAGCAGUUGAAGGGCUGAAUGUUCUGGUGUUGCGGGAGUGGGGUGCAGCCGGUGGUCUCGAAGAGCGAAUCCAGGCCCUUGAUGGGAUAGUUAACGGGCUGUGGACGUUAACAGAGGCAGGUGGGAGAUACGCACGCCUGGUUAGACGAUUCGAGCGUUGGAUCGACCAAGUGUCCGAGCUGGAGGAAGCCCGCCAGACGGGCCAGAUGUCCGUCCAGAAGAGUGGAGGCCAGGCCCUCUUCAUCGACGAGCUGGACUCAUCUUGGAAAGAGGAUCUGUCCAGCAUUACCCGUCGUUUGGAUGGGUGGCGUAGACAGCUACGAGAUAUUGGUGAUCUUCCGGCAGGUGAAGACACCCAAGGGUCGAACCUGGCUCGGAUGCUCGAGGGGUCUCAGGCAUUAAUCCACGACACGCUCGCCGAGCUCAGUCUGAUGGAGGAUAUUGAGACUCAGAUUCUUGCAAGAGAGGAUGUUUGGAUUGAAAGGAUGAAUAGAGACGAGGAGAGAGAUGAUACCCCCGGAGCUGGAGCGAUUUGGCGUCUUGUUUGA